AUGGGUGAUAUGGACACUUCAAAGAUGGCUCCCGAGGGCGGCCCUGGCAACAGCAAUUCUUCUUUUGAUAUGUAUACGGGAAGUGGAUCGGUGGAAGACAAAUCCUUAGUUCGGAAGCAGGACUGGAGGAUAAUUCCACUAUGUGCCGUGGUCUACCUACUAUGUUUUCUGGACCGGUCGAAUAUUGGUAAUGCCAGAAUCUUGAACAUUACCACUAUGAGUAUUGGUGGUGUAAAAAUCGCCGCCUCGCUUUCAGGCGUAAGGUUUCUUCUCGGUGUAUUUGAAGCUGGUCUCUAUCCUGGUGUGGAAUUUUACCUGACAUUUUGGUAUCGAUCUGAGGAACGCUCUCUACGCAUCGCUUUUUUCCUACCCUCUGCCGCCCUAGCCGGUGCCUUCGGAGGUGCCAUUGCGUAUGGUGUUGGACGAAUGAAUGGCAUUAACGGACUGUCGGUAUGGCAAUGGCUUGUCAUACUGGAAGGCAUACCCGCAUGCGCAGCGGGUCUUGUCGUCCUGCUUAUACUGCCAGAUUAUCCAGAAUCGGCUCGGUGGCUUACUGACGAGGAAAAGGAGUUGGCAAGAGAAAGAGUGAGGUUCUGUGGCUCGAGCGCGGACGACAUGGCUAUAACAUGGGUUGAUGCGAAGGAGACUUUGACGGAGUGGCGGCUAUAUUUUUACUCCUUGGCCCGCUACAUCUGCCUCGUCAUCUCCACUACAUUCGUCUUUUCACCCGUUCCCUCUCUGCUCUCCUUCCUUGCAUCAAACACCCAUACGACCGCUUCGACGGACCUUGCUGUCGCCCUCAACGUCUCUAUCGGUGGUGGAGCUGGCCUGAUCUUGGGUACAUGGAUCUUCCCGGCUGGAGAGGCCAAGAACGGGUAUAAGAGUGGUAACUGGAUCAAUGCUGGGUUCAUGUUGGCAAUCUCGGUAGUUUGUGUGGCGUUAAGAAUAUAUUAUGGGAGGGCUAAUCGGCUGAAGGAGCACAAGAGAAAGUUUGUACUUUAA